AUGAGCCAGGUGAAGAACCUGAGAGCUAUGUUCGAGAACAAAGGAGAUACGAACCCGCCAGACAGAGGAAGAUCGCUGGGUGAUUCGACGAGCUCGAGCCCAAUUCCAGCAGGCCCGAACGGAACCGACUCUCCGAGACCACUGUCAAAGGUUCGUACAAACUUUGUUGCCAUCGAAAAAGAUGGCCGUAUUGGCCUGCGACGGGACAACAGCGGAGGAUCUAGCUUGUCGAGACGACGCAUGAGCAUCGAAAACGACGCCGCAUCCCCCCCUUCCUUUCCAAAUGCCCCAGCAUCAGCCUCUUCGGGUGAGAAAGCAAAGACAGUGCGCAAAGCCGAUGCCGGGUCAGCCGCCAGUAACCCUAACACGGUUGCCGAGGCACAAAUCGACGAGGAGCUCCCUCCUUCUCCUACGGUUUCCAAGGGAGCCAAGGCUGGAACGGCAGCACCCAAGCAAAAGCCAUUGAAUGGCGUGCCCAAAACCAAUCAUAGCAGAAUCGGUACAUCUGUGGCUCGACCAGGAGCGAAAGCGGCAAGAACGAAGCUUGCGGUGGCAAAUGCCGGGUCCAAGCAAGCAACGGCAUUGCCGACAACGAAGGCGACGACAGUGACAAGAAAGACGGCCGAAACACCAGAAAUGGGAACCGCCAAGGCUUCACCACGAGCGGCCGAGAGGGCGACGGUGGCUCGGAAUACGAUGGGCCAAGCCAGAACAGCGACAACCGUUUCCAAGUCGAAGCCGAUUGCUGUCGCACACAGCAAGGGCCAGUCGGUCAAGCCAGCUAGCCUGGACGGCAAUGCGGUCGGAAGCCCCAAAGCCAUGUCUUUCACCAAGCGCACUGGUCUGUCUUCCUCUCUCACGGCACCCACCGCCUCUUCCAUCGGCAAGGGUGUCACUCCGAGACAGUCUCUUUGCAAGCAAACGCAACCCUUGAACAAUCACACACAGUUACCUGUACGGACCAGCUUGGCCACCUCGAACUCUACCCAGCAAAUCACGCGACAAAAGUCGCAGCGCAAUCAAGCCAGAGCUGGCGUCAAUGGCUCACCGAAAAGCCUUCCACAGUCAGCGUCAUAUGCAAUAAAACGACCGAACCACUUGGAUGAGGGAUUUCUGGCACGAAUGAUGAGGCCAACGCAGUCAUCCUCGUCGAAGGCAGCGGACAAAUCCUCCACUCCUCCGAGGAAGAUUGCCAUGCGCUCGACGACCGCCAGAAACGAUCACAGCACCCGAACAUCACUGGUUGGUAAGGAUGCCAAGCAUGGGCCGCCCCGAGAACCAAGCCCGCCACUGCAAGAUACCCCUCGAUCUCCCAGCAACAAUGGGGACAUGGCGAAGACUGUACCUCAAUUAACGGACACCAACCCCUUCGUGGAAGAUGUAACGCCACCCCACGAUUCAUCUGGGACCAUUCAAGCGCUUGUUGAGCCCGGUGCAUCAGUAGAGGCAACCGUGGUACCUGAACUCGGUACAGUAGCGGAGCAAGCGACCGACAACGCCAGUUCAAUCCAAUCACCUGAGCGUCGAGGUUCUACAUUGUCCGUGGCCGAGCAGGCAUUUGCUGCUCAUGGCUCUCACAUCGGGAUUACACGGCAUGAAGACACCGACUUGCUCACUGCACCUCAGGGAGCCAUCGGCACAGAACUCUGCGCGCAAACCGAUGCCACAGAACAUGCUUCCGACUCCACCCCCAUUUUGGAGCCUGAGACUACCUGCAUUGAAACGUCGACAGAAUCCCCCCGUGACAAGGACGAGUCGACCAAUCCAGAGUCGGAAUCUCUCGCAAAUGCCAAAACUGAUUCACCCGAGAAUGACAUUGAUGAAUCCACUGGAAUUGGGUCAAGGGUAUCCGAAGAGGUACGGGAAGUUUCUCCCUGCGAUCCCCCGACCAAGACUUCGGCUUCGGAGGUUGCGGUCGUGGAGGCCGAUGAAGCGUUUUUUCUGGAUCAUGCUACCCAAGGGCCUUCUGAGACUAAAGAGGACUCUCAAGCGCCCGAUCAUGACGACCAGAUUCCGUCAGAAUCAGUGUUCGAUGGUAGCAUAAUCGAACCGACCCACUCGUCAUGA